ACUUGUGGUCAUUCAUAGUCCUUUUGGAGAAAACCAAAACAGUAACAACUGAGAGAGAGAGAGAGAGAGAGAGAGAUAAGACUGUCUGUAUUCAAUCCCUUUUGAUUUUGUAAGUGAUGGAACGCUAUGAAUUUGUGAAAGAUAUAGGGUCUGGUAACUUUGGGGUCGCCAAGCUUGUUAGAGAUAAGUGGACCAGAGAGCUCUUUGCUGUCAAAUUAAUCGAGAGAGGCGAAAAGAUUGAUGAACAUGUACAGAGGGAGAUCAUGAAUCACAGAUCAUUGAAACAUCCCAAUAUUGUUAGAUUUAAAGAGGUCUUGUUAACCCCCACUCAUCUAGCAAUUGUUAUGGAGUAUGCUGCGGGAGGAGAGCUCUUCCAGAGGAUAUGCAAUGCUGGCAGAUUCAAUGAGGAUGAGGCAAGAUUCUUUUUUCAACAAUUGAUAUCAGGGGUCAGCUACUGUCAUUCAAUGCAAAUCUGUCACAGAGAUCUUAAGCUGGAAAAUACACUUUUAGAUGGGAGCACUGCACCACGUGUCAAAAUAUGUGAUUUUGGGUACUCCAAGUCAUCUGUGUUUCAUUCUCAACCAAAAUCAACUGUCGGAACACCAGCCUACAUUGCACCCGAGGUCUUGUCAAAAAAAGAAUAUGAUGGAAAGCUUGCAGAUGUUUGGUCUUGUGGGGUCACUUUAUAUGUGAUGCUGGUUGGAGCUUAUCCCUUUGAAGAUCCUGCUGAUCCUAAAAACUUCAGAAACACUAUUGUUCGGAUUCUUAAUGUCCAUUACUCAAUUCCAGAUUAUGUCCGAAUUUCCAUCGAGUGUAGACAUCUUUUAACCAGGAUUUUUAUGGCUAACCCUGAAAAGAGAAUAACAAUUCCAGAAAUUAAAAAACACCCAUGGUUCCUAAAGAACUUGCCUAUAGAAUUGAUGGAAGGGGGAACUUAUCAAAGCAAUGAUGUAAAUAACCCAUCCCAAAGCAUUGAAGAGGUAGUGGGAAUCAUACAGGAGGCGAUGAAACCUUCUGAGGUGCCCACAAAUGGAGGUAAUUUUGUUGGAGGCAGCAUGGAUCUGGAUGACUUGGAUGAUGCUGAUACAGAAGAUAUAGAAGCAAGUGGUGAAUUUGUGUGCCCCUUGUAAUUGAAGUAUACGAAUCAGUUGUAUUUUACUGAGGUAUUGUUUCCACUACAAUGAGCAUUCUGUGUAAGAUAAAUUGUCAUAUGAGGAUUAUUUGUGGAUUGUCAUUACUCUUGUUUUGUAAUGUAUCGGUUUUUUGUGCAUCUUGUUGGGAAAUUAUAAAAAAAAAAUGAUGUGAAAUGUGAUGUAAUGGUGGCCUUCCUUCAUGAUGAACUUAUGGGAAUUAUGCAGAUGUCAUGGAUGAUUUUAGAA